GUAAAUGAGUUUGAAACAAGAAGAAUCAACCUAAAGUAACACUAUCUUUAUAUGUUUAGUUCGCAAAUCAUCCAGAUAAAAGAAAAUGACUGAGAACUUCAAAGAAAUGCUUUAAGAGAUUAAAGAACAAAAACCCUCAAUCAAGAAAUCAGAUUAAAAAUAGGAUAAGUACUUAUAAAAGAAAGUCUAAGAAUAAAAGAAAGGUACCUUAAUUAAUUAUUAUUUAGUAUAUGAAUAUGGAUGCACCACUGAUUGGUUGAAUUGCAUCUAUCCACAUGAUAAUGGAUAAACAUUUGACUUACAGAUUUAAUUCUGUGUCUUAAAGCCAAAAAAAACAACCUUCAAAAAACCUAAAAAAGAAUAAUCUGAAGAAGGAGUAACUAUUCUCUUUAAUCCUAGAUAAUGUCUUUAAUUCAAAACUUAUUAAUCAAUCUCAAUCAAAAUCAAGAACAAGUUAGAACAUAGACUGAAUAAUAAAUAUCAAAUGUUCAAACUACUAAUGAUGGCAUUGUUGUAUUCCAUCCCUACUUUAAGAAAAGUAAACUAUCAUUUUAUUCUAAUAGUUGAAUAUCAAAGUAAGAAACCUCAAUAGAUUGACUCAAUUGAACCAACCAAUUAGUUAGAUAUUCUUAAAUAAAAAUUUGAUGCUAUCAAAAAGACCUUUAGACCCUUAAUACUCAUUUGAUUUCCAAU